AUGAUUGUAUUGAAAGCAGAAGUAUUCAAUGAUGGGCGACAUACAGGAGAAAAUAUAGCGGCAAAGUUAGAAACUAUGUUGUCAUCAUGGGGAAUUCCCAAAGAAAACGUAUUAUGUAUUGUUAGAGAUGGUGGCACUAAGAUGAAAAAAGGUAUUUCUUUAUUAAUUAUUAAAAACAUUGACUGUUUAUCGCACCAAAUCCAAGAAAAAUUUGAAAAUGAAGAAGACCCACUUCUUUGGUGGAAAGUAAAUAGCAACAAAUAUGGCAUUCUUUCUCCGGUAGCCAAAGAAUAUUUGGUAACUCCGCCCACAAGUGUCCUCAGUGAAAGAGUUUUCAGUGGAGCUAAAAUAUUUUACAUACCUCACCGAAACAGGCUGCACGGAGAAAGAGCCUCCAAACUGUUAUUUUUAAAAUUUAACAUUCCAUCGCUUCAAUUUAAUUAUUAA